CCGUUUUUUUUUUUUGUCGGAAAAGCGGAGAAAUAAUUAGACGCUCGUUAAAGGUUCCUUAAUCUAGUCCAAGGUAACGCCGGUGGACCCCCUUUUUUUCAAACGCCUCAAGUGAACCGAGCAGUAUGGGGCUUACCAUUUCCUCCCUCUUUGGCCGGCUGUUUGGCAAGAAACAAAUGAGGAUCCUUAUGGUUGGGUUGGAUGCUGCAGGAAAAACUACUAUCUUGUACAAACUGAAGCUUGGAGAAAUUGUAACCACCAUUCCAACCAUUGGUUUCAACGUGGAGACAGUGGAGUAUAAGAACAUCUGUUUCACUGUAUGGGAUGUUGGUGGCCAGGACAAGAUCAGACCUCUCUGGAGACAUUACUUCCAAAACACACAGGGUCUUAUCUUUGUGGUGGACAGUAACGAUAGAGAAAGAGUGUCGGAGUCUGCAGAAGAGCUUUCUAAGAUGUUGCAGGAAGAUGAGUUGAGAGAUGCUGUGUUGCUGGUGUUUGCUAACAAGCAGGACCUUCCAAAUGCCUUAUCGGUCAGCGAGCUCACAGAUAAACUCGGCCUCCAGAGCCUCCGCAGCCGAACCUGGUAUGUCCAGGCCACCUGCGCCACUCAGGGCACGGGGCUGUAUGAAGGGCUGGACUGGCUAUCCAAUGAGCUGUCCAAGCACUAGCGGCGGAGAAGUUGGACAGACCAGAAAAGAGUCGGAGGCAGAAUACCUGAGAGCGGGAGAGAAGACCAGACAUUCAAUCAGAAAACAUUUGGUCUUCAAGCACCUGUGCUCACAAAAAGGACAAGACAGACGGUGGACAAUGCAAUCAACGUCAUUGGAAAAUCUUAAAAAUCCUUCUCCUUUUUACAUUUACUUAUAUUAUUAUUAUUAUUAUCCCUUCUUAAACUCACUAUUUUUCUUCUUUGGUUCCCAAACUCUUACACGGCAGUGAGUUAAGUGAGGCUGUCAGUUGGAUGAUAAGCAAACGGGCUAUCAGGAAUGUGAUUGGAAACGUGAAAAGAAUGUGAGUUGUAUUUCUCAUGACACCUUGGCUGCUAUCCAGCCAUAGAGGAUAAAAAUUACCCAUAACCACUUGACUAAUGUUGGAUUUUUUCACAGUCAUAGUCGGGGCUGGAGUUGGGGGGGGGGGUGAUGAUGUAAUUUAGCCCCAGAGCUUUGGUCAAGGACAACUCGUAGGCUACCUCAGCUCCGUACCCCUCGUGGACAUUUGACUGGCCAACAGACCUGACCCUUUGCUCUUCACGGCUGCUGCCACCUCAGACUUAGCACGCCCGUCUCUGUACAGACCCGGCUCGUAGAAUGGGGCGGAGAAGGAUUGCAAGAAUUCCACAAGCAGGUUGUCUUUUUGGUAGCGUGUAAACAUGUGGACCUUUGAGUAAAUGGACCCAAAAAGGAACAUUGUGCCUUCUGGUCCCUCUACACAAAUCUGUGUAAUCCUCUCUUCUCUCAUUCUUAGGGCUUGCUCUCGUCCUAAGAUGAUUUCGUUUUACUUUUUCCCUAUUUUUUUUUUUUUAAAAAAAUUUUGCAAUAAGAAGACACGCGUCUCUGUGUUCUGAUGUUGCGGUGUGAUGGAGCCACAUUGAAGAGUGGCGUCGAUUGCUUCAUUAUAACAGAUAACACACUUGACCGAGACGUCCUCUUUGAAUACUCACCCUCUUUAUUUUAUCGACCACCUCACAAAAAGAACUGGAGUAAAAACGUUGCUGUUUUAUCCAUACCGGUAGACAAUUAACCAUGACCUGUAGAAGGAACCCAAAGGAAGGAAGCGCCUUUUCAGUAUUGGCACGGGGCCAAUAUCAGUGGAAUAUUGUAAAGUGGCAUGCUUUUUUUUCUAUUUUUAUUUUUUGACUCUGCAGUGCUUUGUGCUAAAUUUGCAUUACGGCUGAUGUUAUGUGCUUAUUAAUCUGCCCCUCUUUCCACUUCAUCCCAGAACCCCGAAACACACCUGCCCCGCCAGACAGAGCCGGGCGUACAUUCCAACCUAUGCUUUUAAAUGCUGCAUGAAGCUGGCACUCCUUAAAACUGUGUGCUAACAAUGUUUUACAAAAAAAUUGUUUAAAUAAAUUCACUGUUCAAAAGAGAACCUCCCAAAAUGAUUUAUUACUGGAGAGAAGCUUGUUCAUUCAUUGCUGUUGUAAGAGAGUUCACAGAAACGGCAUGGGCUUUCCAUAUUCCCUAAACUGAGGCGAUAUGUGGACAGAUUCCUGGAAGGGCCUGGCGGUUCCAGGCUGAAACCACCCCUGGUAGGAGACGGGCGUGUUUCCCUGUUAAGUCUCGGGAGAAUCUGUGGAGGCCUGAGACUUGAUGUAGUUUAGAUAUCUUAGCCUACACAGCUGGUCUCUGGCUUAUUAACUGCUAAAUUGGACUUAAAACCCUGUCUAUGCUAGGAAAUGGCCUGAGGUUGUGUGUGGAACUUCCUGUUUUAAAGUUUUUGUUUGAAACUUGGGUAUGAUGGGGUGGCUGUUCAGGCUUGUG